AUGUCGCGCGGACCAACCCCCCUGGCUUCCUCCCCCUACGAUCCGCGGAGCGACUCCGAAGAAUCCUGGCAAUUCAUCGACUACUCCAGCACAGGCUCCGGUCCCUCCUCCAUCGGCUUCCUGCCCAGCCCGGCGAGCGGAAGCCUCAAUGGUUUCGCCAUAGUCGGCCGCACGGGUGGUCAUGUUGUUGUGGCGACCCCCGAGUCGCCGGCCUUCCUUGACCUCGACCAGCCCCAGUUCCCCGUGGAUUCUGCCGUCGGCUUCGCAGAUGCCAUGAGUGACAACUUUGUGUCGCCGGGGGUUUCGGGCUCUCCGUCGGCGCAGUCGGCGCAGUCGGCGUCGUCGCUUUUUAUGCAGCAGUCGGGGGCGGCUACGGCUGGGUCUAUGGGUUUGACGCCGCAGACUUUGCUUUUUCCUGGGGCUCAGAUGAAUGAUAUGAAUGAGAUGAAUGAACUGGCUGGACAAUUCUUGUUCAACAAUGACUUCAACAACAACACCGAUGCCCUUGUUGGCCUCGACGUCCUCACCCAACUCCAGCAGCCCGAGAUGGGGCUCGUCUCCACGAGCUUCCGCUCCAUCUCCGAUGUAUCAAGCUGGGAGCAGCAGACCCUCGACGCCCAACAGACGCUAGAACAAUCCCUCUCCCCCAUCCUCGACACCCUCUCCUCCUCCAGCAACAACAGCUCGCCCUCCCCCAUGCUAGAGUCGGGAGUGAAGGGCGCCAUCCCCAUUCGCAAGGUAAAAGAAGGCAAGGUCGAGAAGAAAAAGAAGAAGAAGCCCGCGUCGGAGCAGGCGGGCAAAUUCGUCAUCAUGACGCCCACGUCCAUCAGCGCGCACUCCAGCUCGGGCCGACCUAACCCCUUCGAGUGCUUCGAGGAGGCCUUCCGGACGUCGCACAAGGGUCGCAAGGGCCCGCUUGCCAACGACACGAAGGAGAACGCGUUGCAGGUGCGGCGGCUCGGCGCGUGCUUUUGCUGCCAUAGCCGGAAGGUCAAGUGUGAUAAGGAGCGGCCUUGCAAGAAUUGCAAGAAGCUUAUGAUUAAUGUGCCGCAGAUCGUGUGCUGGCAGUUUCCCGACUUCCUUCCCGUUCUGUUGCCGAACUUUAUUCGUGGGCACCUUAGGAAGGAGGAGGUGGUCAAGUUUAUCGCCGAGAACGUCGAGUCGUUCAGCAUCGAGGGUCUCGAGGAGCCUUGUACCAUAGAGCUGUUCUCCGGCACGCGGUUUAGAGCUGUGUUGGCCGUCCAGGCCAAGUUCUUCACGCCCAAGACGGCCGAUAUCAUGCGGCAUUGGCACUUGCAUGCGGACCAAAACACCAUGGAUUUCCAGGCGAGGAAUGCCGUGCCGAUCGGCAUCGACCCUGAGCAAGGGGGCCAGAAGGACGAGCUUAAGAAGCGGUGCAAGGAAUACAUGCAGGAGAUUCUCAGGGAGCCUGCGUACUCGGAGCAACUGACCGAGACGCUGCAGCAUACUGAUCUCCCGAGGCAGCUUCUGCAUAUCGUCAAUAAAUACCGCGCGCAGACUGAUUCCCUCAUCGUUCGUCGGGCGCUGAAUGUCUACACCCUCCACUACGUCCUAACCCGCCAACUCUGCAUGACACGAAACAGCGUCCUCGGCCUCCGCGACACGAAACUAGUCCCCCAGCACGCCCUCUGGGUAACAUCCCGCGUGCUCAACCGCCAAAUCAAAGCCGUCCUCGACGACAUCAUGCAGCGCGAAGUCCAGCACCUCUUCGAAGCCUUCUCCAAAUCCCUCAAGCCCAAAUCCCGCAAAGAAUGGGCCCCCUGCCUCGCGGCCUUCCUCAUCCUCUGCCUGUUCAUGGAAUCGGUCGAGACGGCGGCGGACUACUUCGUCAUCACGGAGAACGAGAUCAACAACAAGACGCAGCUGCCGCCGACGUACGACCGGAAAGUUGCGCUCGAUGUUAAUGCCGAGAUUGAGAAGUUGCCGUUUAGGCAGUUUACGUAUCAGUUUCAUCAGAUUUAUCAGACGCAUAGUAAGGAUAUGUCGGCGAAGUCGUUUAAUCCGUUGGUGGAUGAUGGGUUUAUUGGGAAUGGGGAUUUGGAUCCUCCGGCGAUUGAGCUUGUGUACUCGCUCAAGCAGAUUCUCCAGGGUCAGACUGGGUGCGAUCUUCUCAGCCUCGUCAUGGGCUGUAUCCUCCCGAACAACGAGCAGCGUCCCCAUCGCGAUGUCUCGUUCGACUACUCGGGCAAGCUGGUGUCUAGGUUCCUGCUGUCAUUUACCGACGAGAAGUAUAUUUUCGACAAUGAGCCAGAGAGCUUCCCCGGUGCUUGA